AGCAUACACAACAUGGUUUUGAGAAACCUAAUAGCUACCAAUGCACCUCACUGUAUUUCAGUGACCUCUAAACCACAGAAGAUCAACUUGUCAUCCCACCUUAUACUUGGACCUGACGAUUUGGAUGAUGAUACGUCCACUUCGUGGGUAACACACACAACUGCUCGGUACAGAGAUCAUGCCGGCAAACCCACGACCACGAGCCCGAUAGCAGUGAACAUCACAGCCGUGAGAUCAAGCAUCCGCGAUCGCUGAUCUACCUCCUUCACUGGUGGCUAUU